CUCCAGCUCUCCAGUUCAGCUGUGACCUUGUCCCCAGUUCCUGAGUCCUGCAGCUCCUUGAACCAGCAGAGGGCGCUGUAAGUCCGUCCAAUCACCCURCUCACACUGCAAAACUGCAGCACCACUCCGACUCCUUUAAUUACUUCCUUCCUGCACUUAAUUGGUGUCAAUCUGUUUAACUCUGAGAGGGGGAGCUUCAUUACGCGGACAGAGAAGAAAUAUACCACAGAGUGUUUGUGUAUGACCAUAAAGCUACAAACUGCAGCUUUAUAACACGGAGACAACUCCAGGAGACACCAUGACGCUGAAUUCGGGUUUGGCGAGUAAAAACUAUGACUACGACUACGACUCCCUGCAGCCGUAUUUCUACUACGACAACGAGGAGGAUGACUUCUACCCGCAGCAGCUCCAGCCUCCGGCGCCGAGCGAAGACAUCUGGAAGAAAUUCGAGCUGCUGCCGACCCCUCCCCUCUCCCCGAGCCGCCGGCCGUCCCUGUCCAGUCUCUUCCCCUCCACCGCCGACCAGCUGGAGAUGGUCACCGAGUUCCUGGGCGAUGACGUGGUCAACCAGAGCGUCGUCUGCGACGCGGACCAGUCCGCCAAGUCCAUCGUGCUGCAGGACUGCAUGUGGAGCGGCUUCUCCGCCGCGGCCAAGCUGAAGAAGGUGGUGUCCGAGCGGCUGGCCUCCCUGCACGCCGCCCGGAAGGAGGAGACCACGGCGGCCGUGGCGGCGGCCGCGGCGGUGGCCGGGGAGGGGGUCUGUCUGGACCCCGCGGGGAGGCUCAACAGCAGCUACCUGCAGGACCUGAACACGUCGGCGUCCGAGUGCAUCGACCCGUCUGUGGUGUUCCCCUACCCGGUGGCGGAGACGCCCAAGCAGAGCUCGGCGCCGCUGCAGAGGGACGUGGGUCUGGACACGCCGCCCACCAGCGGCAGCAGUUGUAGUGACUCAGAAGAUGAUGAGGAGGAGGAGGAGGAGGAGGAAGAAGAUGAUGAAGAGGACGAUGAGGAGGAGAUUGAUGUAGUCACGGUGGAGAAAAGGCAGGCGGUGAAACGCUAUGAGCCCAGCCCACUGGAGACCAGGCACCCCAGUCCUCUGGUCCUGAAGAGGUGCCACGUCUCCACCCACCAGCAUAACUACGCAGCCCAUCCAUCCAUGAGGCACGAGCAGCCRGCUGUCAAGAGGCUGAAGCUGGAGAGCAGCAGUGGGGGAGGUGGUGGUGUCGGAGGAGGAGGAGGCUGCAACACCAGCAGGGUCCUCAAACAGAUCAGCAGCAACCGCAAGUGUUCGAGCCCCCGGACGUCCGACACGGAGGACUACGACAAGAGAAGGACUCACAACGUGCUGGAGCGCCAGAGGAGGAACGAGCUGAAGCUGAGCUUCUUCGCCCUGCGCGACGAGAUCCCCGAGGUGGCCAACAACGAGAAGGCGGCCAAAGUGGUGAUCCUGAAGAAGGCAGCCGAGUGCAUCUGCAGCAUGCAGUCCGACGAACAGAGACUGGUGUCGCUCAAGGAGCAGCUGAGGAGGAGAAGUGAACUGUUGAAGCAGAGACUGGCACAGCUGCAGGGCUGUCGUGCUUAAGAUUCAAAACUUCUUUGUUUGUUUGUUUUUUAUGCAAGUUCCAGAUGUACAGUUGUUGCAUGCAAAAUGUUAAAAGAAAUGUUUGGAAUUUUUUUUGUUCCCCAUUUUUUUGAAACUGCCUCAGCUGAAGUUACAGGUGGAUUAAAAUAUUUAAAAGUUUAUUUUUAAUAAUAAAAUAUUAAAAAUGAAGCUGUCCUGUUGGUGGGGCGGCUCUAACGAAAAUAUAAAUUUUUAUGUUUUGUAUAUAGUUAAUAUUUCCUAAGAAAAUGUAUUUUUUGAUCUCAAUUGUCUGGUUUGUUCAGACCCACUGUUUGAUUUCAUUUUUGUUUUGCAUUGUUUCUGGAUUUUUUUUUUUAAUAUAAAACUUUUUUCUUGA